AUGGGCCUCGCUCCCGUCCACCUCUUCUCGCAUGGGUCGACCAUGAUGCUCGGCGAGCCGUCCGAGGCGGCCGACUACUGGAAACGCGCGGGUGACGAGGCGCUGGCCAACGGCGUCAAGGGCAUCGUGAUGAUGGGCGCGCACUGGGACGCGCCGCACGACCGCAUCGAGGUGGCCACGAACCCGACGCCGGCCAAGUCGCCCGUCGCCUACGUGCACCCGUCCAAGUACGUCGACUACCCGCUGCGGCCGGACCUGGCGACGGCACAGACGUGCAUCCGCCUGCUGCAGGCCAGCGGCUUCGAGGCCAGCGGCAACGACACCUUCGACUGGAUCCACGACACGUACCUCGUCCUCAUCCGCAUGUUCCCGGACCCGGCGACGUGCCCCCCGACGACGCUCAUCUCGAUGAACGCCCGCUUCGACCCGCACUACCACGUGAAAGUCGGCGCGGCCCUGCGUCCGCUCCGCGCGCAGGGCUUCCUGCUGAUCGGCUCCGGCGGCGCCGUGCACAACCUGUACCGCAACCAGUGGAUGCCCAUGCUGCAGUACAGCGACAACUUUGCGCAGACGCGCCCGCCGGAGCCGUGGGCGCUCGAGUUCCGCCAGGCCGUCGAGGACGUCAUGACGCGCAACAAGGGCCCCGCGCUGCGGCGGGCGGCCACGCGCCUGAUGAAGCACGCGCAGUACCGCGACGCGCACGCGACCGACGACCACUUCAUGGCGGUGCUGUUUGUGGCGGGCGCGGCCGGCGACGAGGCCGACGAGCGCGAAGAAGGCGGGCGGCUGACGGCGGAGACGUGGGAGCUGACCAACAUGUGCAACAGCCAGUUUACGAUUGGGAGCUGGCCGAAGCAGCGCCACGUCCAUGCCUUUUGCUUGCGACGCACUCGUCGCAAAGACACCAAUGACAGGUCCCACAAAGUCAGGGUCGGUCAGCUGCAGCGUGUCGACGGCAUCCAGAGGCGUCCAGUCCUCGUCCUCGCCCUCGUCCUUGUCUGGUCGGAGCGAUGCCGCGUAGAGCAGGCGGUACUCCCGCUCCGUGUAGACGAUGCGCAGCGACAGGGCGCGGCUGGCCUGUGGCAGGUCGUGCCGCGACGUCCGCGCAAUCUUCUGGGCCUUGUUCACCAGCUCGAACACGAUGCUGGGCGUGUCGCCCGCAGCGUCCAGGAAGAUGCGUGUGUAGCGGUGCUCGUCCUUGAAGACAGCCAGACCGCAUCGGAGGCCGGCCGAUUUCCACGCCGCCAGUGUCUCGGGGGUCCACGCGGCCAGGGCCACACGGCUUUGUCCGUCCAGCAGCCGCUGUCGCUUUCCCACAAACGUCGGGGAUGCGUUGGGCGCCGCGAGGUCGACCGGUGUGGACGUCAGCGUGACGGCCGACCCGUCGCCCGCCAGCGUGUAGUUGUCCAGGUGCGCGUCCCGGAUGUAGAGGAAGUCCACAUUGCCGGCGGCCGUCUGUCCCUCGGCGGUGGACGCGGUGGAUGA